UUUAAUAUAACGGAACUCGAAACAACAAUCAUGUCAACAUGAAACUAACGCUCAAAACUACACCACAGGCCACAUUGUCCACAAUAUAAAUUAUAAAGGUGUUAACUGAUUGUGAAGUGACUUCAACGUCAUGCUGUUACUCGUAAGCACGUAAUGGUCCACGUAGUUAUAUGCUAAUUUCUUAGAUACUUAUAUGUGUGAGAUCACAAUAAAUACACGUAUAAAGUCAGUUUUAAUGUCGGAUAUACAGAAUAUACAAGUAAUGCAAUUAAAAAAUUAAGUGCUCCUCAGGAGAGGCGGUGACGUCAAAGUCACGUGGCAUCUGCAGCCAAUUACCGCGAUAAUUUCUUUCCACUUUUAAGAGUGUUGCCUCCGUUCUUCCACGUCAACUCGAGAGUUCAGUGCGGAAACGAGCCGAAGAAAUGGCGGAUCCAGAGGUGCAUAGUCGGAUUUCUUCGAGUGAAAUACAAAUCCGAAACGAACAAAACGAAGAAAUUAUUAUAUCAGAAGCUCAGUUAAAUAAAGUCCUCAGCAGGCAUAUGGAACAUCACAUCACAUAUUUUGAAAAUUCGAAAGUACUGUUUAUGCCUUAUCCAAUCUGGACCAUCAGACAAUUCGUUACUUAUGUACAGACAGACGAUCUCGGAUUGAUCUCUAUUACACACGCUUUCGAUCUGUAUCAUCUGAGUUUAAGAUACGAGUUAGACCAUUUAAGAAAGAAAUGCAGAUCAUUUAUCAUUCAAAAAAUAAACGUGAAUACCGUGUGUUUAAUCCACGAUUUUGCACGUGAGAUCGGUGAUAUGCUCAUAACUUAUUAUUGCUGGCAAGCUUUCGACGAACACGAAAAAAGACUAUUUACAACAGUCGACUUUAAGUGUUGUAAAAUUGCAACAAUUGAUAGACUGCUAUCUCGAGCGAUAUACGAAUAUGUUAGUGAAUUGCGUUUACUCCGAGCCGUGUAUCAGUGGAGCAUACAUGAAGUUAAAAGAAAAUUGGGUGCAGACAACUUCCAUUUGAUGAAUGAAGAAUCGAAAAGGAAUGCAAUAAGAAAUGUAAUGGAGCCAUUUAUUGGAAAAGUCAGAUUUCUUGUCAUGAAUGAAGACGAAUUGCAAUCUUCUGUUUUUAAAAUGAACUUGUUAAGCGAAGUAGAAAAAAGUCAUAUCUGGCAUGCUUUUAAGUAUAAUUAUUAUUCCUUGUAUCCCAGUUACUUCAGUCGAGAAACAAAAACCAGAAGCAGAAUAAAUUAUUGGAACUUGUUCUCGUACAUAAAUCGUGGAGAUCCUUCUCUGGUCUCAAUCAGAGAGAUGAAAGGUUACAUAUAUUUUAGCAGCGAAGUAGUUGUAAGAGAAGAUUGUUUCGUCACGGCCCUUCGAUUUCCGUUGAAGCUUAGCGAAAGUUUUCCAAUGUACGUACACGCGUAUAUUAACAAUUUGGACAACGAACAGUUUCCGUUUGACACCGUUUGCAAUUCAGAGGGAGUAGCAGAACUGCAAACGAAGUAUUAUCUAGAAAAAUAUUGGAAAAUUCGUUUCUUUGCUUUCUUUUAUCUCGCUGAAAAUGUCGAACCCGAUAUCGAGUUUUCACCUGAACUGAGUUACUUUGUGAGCGACGAAGGAACAGAUGCAAGGAAAUUUGAAGACAAAAUUUUAAUCGGUGACAGGAACCUUAUGAAUAAUAUUUACUUUUUGGUUGAUUUAUAUUUUUGAAGUCAAAAGUUUCCUUGUAAAAAAGCAAAAACUGAACGAGAAUAUAAUGUAAAGUUAAAUUUGAAUACGAUUAUUUCUUACGGGUAUCACUGUAAAAUGAAUUUAUUGGGUUUACGAAAAACAAAAUUUAAAUAUA